CCUCUUCGUGAUCUAUCAUUCCAAUCUCGGUAUCCGAAUUUUUCACUAGAUUGCUUAGAUUCGUUAGCCGGAGAUAUUUGCUUUCCAUUUUCAAAAACCUUUUCCCUGUUUGGCUAAUACAGACUUCAAUCUCUGGCUUGUGCAUUAUUAGAUUCAGUAAACAGAAAAGGAAAGAGAUGACUUGAAUUACUAAUCUCUCUGUAAUUCAAAUUUUUUUAACUAUAAAUGUAUAAUCUGAUUUGAGUUUUGCUUGUUUUGUUCCUUCUAAUUAGGGUUCACGUGAGAAUCAGCUGUGAAAAUAGAGGCUCGAAGUUGUAAAACGGUUCCUUUUAUUUUGGUGCUUUGUUGUCAGGGUUUUGAGCGGAAAUGGAGGCGAGAAUGAAGAAGUACAGACAAGUGAGUCCGGAGAGAGCAAAAGUGUGGACGGAGAGGUCGCCGAAGUACCAGCAAAAUCGGAAAGUGCCUGUAGUUUACUAUCUCUGUAGAAAUCGCCUGCUUGAACAUCCUCACUUCAUUGAAGUUCCUAUCUCUUCGCCGGAAGGUCUCUAUCUGAAAGAUGUGAUUGAGAGACUUAAUGUAUUGAGAGGCAGAGGGAUGGCUUCCAUGUAUUCGUGGUCCUGCAAGAGAAGCUACAAGAAUGGAGUUGUUUGGCAUGAUCUCUGUGAGGAUGAUCUCAUUCUCCCUGCCCAUGGACAUGAAUACGUUCUCAAAGGUUCUGAACUCUUGGAAGAAUCAAAUUCAGAUAGGCUUGCCCCUGUUGGAACCUUGAAAUUGCAAAAUCUGAAACAAUUGCCAGAACCGUCAUCUUCUCGAAGUCAAGAUGAUUCGUCAUCAUCUUCAAGCAUGAACGGGAAGGAAACAAAGCAUUCUCAGGAAGAUGAGCUCUCUCCUCCACUUCAACGUCCUGGCUCCUCUAGUGUUUCACCAGAGUCUAGAGAUGGCAAAAACUCCUCUUGGAAUGGUUCUCUGAGCUUGACAGAGUACAAGAUUUACAAGAGUGAUGGAUUAGCAGAUGCUUCAACACAGACUGAGGAAAAUGUGAGUAGACCUAAAUCCAAAGAAACUUGCACUAGGGGUGUUUCAACUGAUGAUGGCUCAUUAGAACAUGAAGGCAAUGAUAAUUAUGAAAACCGUGUUCCACAUGUUAAGGAGAAUUCUGAGAUAAGUGAGAAUUCAAUUUCCCCUCCCCCAUCAUCCUCUAGUGCAUCUUCAUCAGCUGGAAAGACUGAAACGUUGGAAUCUCUGAUCAGAGCUGAUGUUAAUAAAAUCAACAGUUUUAGGAUCCUCGAAGAGGAAGAAAUUCGAAUGCCAAACAACUCAAGGAUUAAGGCCACUAAUAUGUUGAUGCAGUUGAUCUCCUGCGGGUCUAUUUCAGUGAAAGACCACAGUUUUGGACUCAUUCCAACCUACAGGCCAAGAUUUUCACAUUCAAAAUUUGCUUCCCCAUUGUUCUCCACUUCAAUAAUGUUGGGGGAGCUUGAUUGUCUGUCUGAGAAUCCAAGAUUGUUGGGUUUGAGGUUGGAAGACAAGGAAUAUUUCAGUGGAAGCCUAGUGGAGACAAAAAUGCUCAAGGAAGGAGGAGGACCUAAUACUCUGAAACGUUCUUCUUCUUACAAUGCGGACAGGUUAAUAUGUUUUCAAUUCUUAUUUAUGAAGAAUUUAUUAUUUUUUUGCUACACCAUUCUAUAAUCUUUAGGCAAUAGUGUUAGCUUAGUUUUCUUUAGGCAAUAAUUUAAACUAAUACAUCUAACCCAAAGUAUUAAGAUGCUGAAAGCUGUUAGGUUAGUAUCCUAACCAUAACACUGAAGCUUCUUUUGCAAACAUUAUUUUCUACUAGGGUUGGCAUAUUGGAUGAAUUCUGAAUUAGGUAAA